UUUAAUGGCUAGCCUUCUAUUAUUGCAGUGCCGUGUAUAUCAUUAUAAAAGAUAGAUAGCAUGUUAUAAGUGCCAGUGACAUGAUCGGGGCAUCUGCCGUAUUAUUAUUCCAGUGAGUCAUUGACUUCAUGGCCGACGGGUUGACAGGUUUUCGUAGGCAGAGCGAUUACGGGGAGAGGCAGGAGAGAGUGGGAGAGAGGGAGGGACGUGUAUAGGGAUGAGGAAGAAACAGUGACGCUAGUCUGGGGGGGAUAAUUGUCAUUACCCAAAUAGGAUUUGAUUAGAUAACGAGAGAAGUGUCCACGCAGUAGGUGCAGUGUGCGGGGGUCUCGGUGCGCCUUCCCCGAGGCUGUCGUAUUCGUGAGUGUACGGGAGCGGCUGCUGGCUUUGAUGGAUUGAGCUGGAUCGUGCUUGGUGAGAUGGCCGUUCAGGAGCGAGGAAGUUUGUCGUGCAGAGAACAGAUGCCCCGGGGUCUGCUGUCUGCUCGAGUCUCGUCAGAGUUAACAGGAAGAAAGCGGCGCAAAUAUCGCACUGCCAGACUGCAUCCAAUGUCACACGCCUUUUGCACUAUACCCUCCUCAUGAGGAUGUAAACACAUUCGCCGUGCAUGCUGUAGAAUGCCAGAUUGGAGUAUCGGAGUGCCACAGCGGGGAGUCUCAGAGUGCACAGUAGUGGGAGGCUGAGGAACUAUCGGAAUAGCCAGGGUCGCACCCUCUGUAGGCAGAGGUUUCGGGGGGAGAGGAGUUUUGGGCAAAAAAAAACGGAAAUCGAUGCGCCGGCCUGGCUGCGGGAAUCGGUCAGCGCUUGUGUGAGUUUAAAGAUCGGCCGGGUCAGUCAGCGCGGCGACAGCGGCAGCGGGGCGGGGCGGGGCAAGGCGAGGCGGGGCGAGGCGAGGCGGGAUGGAGUGGUCCCUGGAGAGGGUGCGUGAGAUGGUGGCGGGCGGGAUGCAGUCGGUGCGGGAGUGCGAGUCCAGCGCCGUGGGGACGGCCUUCUGCCUCCUGCUGCUCUUUGUCUGGUACUGUUACCGGGUGGGCCGCGAGCACAGCUCCCCCCCUCUGCGCGGAGGCUACAGCGCCGACCCCGGCAGGGGGGGCGGGCCGGGAAGCGCGUUGAUCAGCCCCGAGGUUGGCGGCCGGGGCAAAGGGAGACAGUCGGCUGGAGUGGAGGAGCAGAACGGCUUUGCCUACUGCCACUCCCCCGAAUGUUUCCGCUGCAUCCACGCCGGUGAGGGCCUCAACCAGCGGCUCUACCACAGCCUCCAGGACUACGCCAAGCGCUACACCUGGGCAGGAAUGGGCCGGGUGCACAAGGGCGUGCGGGACCAGGGCCGCUACCUCUCCAGCCGCCCCUCCAUCCAGAAGCCUGAGGUCUUCUUCCUGCCCGACCUGCCCUCCGCCCCCUUCUUCUCGCGGGAGGCGCAGAAGCACGACGUGGAGCUGCUGGAGAGGAGCUUCCCCGCCCUGCUGGCCGAGUUUGAGAGCGUCUACCACCACCCCCCGGCCCGCACCGGCUCCUCGCUGCCGCCCGGGUGGAAGGCCAACAGCACCCCACACGGACAGUGGUGGACCUUCUACCUGGUGAACCAGGGCACGCCUCUCGCCCUCAACGCCAGGCGGUGCCCACGGGCGUGGAGAGUGUUGGGCCAGCUGCGCACCUUCAUCGCCAACAACGUGUUCGGCAACGCCUGCUUCUCCGUGCUGAGCCCCGGGGCGCUGAUCACCGAGCACUACGGCCCCACCAACGUCAGGUUGCGCUGCCAUCUGGGUCUGAGAGUGCCCUCUGGCUGUGAGCUGGUGGUCGGGGGUGAGCCUCAGUGCUGGUCAGAGGGGAGCUGCCUGCUGUUCGAUGAUUCUUUCCUGCACACGGCCUUCCACGAAGGCAGUCCAGAGGAUGGCCCCAGGGUGGUCUUCAUGGUGGACCUCUGGCAUCCCAAUGUGGCAGCUGCAGAGAGGCAGGCUUUGGACUACAUCUUUACUCCCGGUCGCUGAGAGUGAGAGAAACCAUGAAAGAUGAAAAGGGGGAGUAAG